CAACGCGAGAUUUGAGCAGUGGACUUGAGUCGUGGUCUGAUGUCAUCCGAAAAUGGCUACUUCGUCAAAGGGAUUAUAAAAUACGAACACCCGAUACACACUUUCAACCAAACAAUAACAUUAUUAUAAAGGUUUGACCCCAGCGUGAACCCGGAAGCAGUAAUGUCACAGCUGGCCCACAGCGAGCACCUGUUGGAGCAGCUGCGUUGGCAGCGGGAAAGCAACGUUCUGUGUGACAUCACGGUCGUCGUGGGCGACACGCUGUUCCGAGCGCACCGUAAUGUCCUGGCGGCGUUCAGCGGGUUCUUCUCCGCACUGCCUGACAGAGGUCACCUGGUCACAACCCUUAACCCGGAGUUUGUCAGUGGGCAGGCCCUGAACACCCUGCUGAAAUACAUAUAUUCUGGAGAACUACACACUGACAGUGAGGGGUCGGAGGCCGUGCUGGGAGCGGCGGUGUUCCUGGGGAUGAGGGAGGCGGAGCGUCACCUGAUAGACAAGUCUGACAGCCAACGGGAGAUGAGGAUAGAGUCAGCCUCACCUACCACCUCCCCCCAUUGCUUACCCUCACCCCACAGCCCAGAGGCGUUCAAGCCCUUGUCCUGCGUUUCUGGAGGGGGCUCGGUAGAGAGGGAGGAGGAGAGGGAAGGAGAGAAGGGGGAGGAAGAAGAGUGGGGAGAUCCAGAGUACACCCCUUCCUCCCCAAGCCCCCCAACAUCCCCCCGAAGAGGAGCGAGGAAAAGAAAGGGAAGAAAGCCCAAGGCCACACCUCGCAACCAGACCUCACCUGGAAACCAAACCUUGCCUAGCAACCCAACAUCACCUAGCCAUGACGACACCCAAGAUGACGCAACAGUCCCCCAGCCUCAGAGGGGCAGGGGGAGAGGGAGAGGAAGGGGAAGGGGGAGAGGAAGGGGGAGGGGAGGAGGAAUGAGGAGGGAUCUGUCUUUGAAGGAGUCAGACCUUCAGAUCGUUGAGGAGAAUGAGACAGACCUCAGCCCUUCAUCAUUGAAACUUGUCAAGAGGCAAAGGAGGAGCAGUGGAGAGAGGAGAGGAGUGAAGAGAGGGAGAGGCAGAGGAAGAGGGAAACUGAAGAACAGAUCGAGCGAUGGAGAGGGGGAUGAGGGGAAGGCUGGGUUGAAGAACCAACAGGUGAAAGAGAAGCCAGUGUGUGCUGAGUGUAACAAAGAGUUCUCUGAGAUCAGUAGUCUGAGGAGACACAUGAGGAUCCAUAAAGGAGUGAAACCUUUCCAGUGUCUCUUCUGUUCCCGAGCCUUCACACAGGGAAACCAGCUCAAGACUCACCUCCGCAUACACACAGGAGAGAAGCCGUUUGCAUGUUCUCAGUGUGACAAGGGUUUUGCCCAGAAGUGUCAGUUGGUGGCUCACUGUCGAAUGUACCACGGAGAAGAGAAACCUUACACCUGUGAACAAUGUGGGCUGCAGUUCGCUACCUCAUCUAACUACAAGAUACACUGCAGGAAGCACAGUGGAGAGAAGCCGUAUGUGUGUGAACAGUGUGGGAAGGGUUUUGCCCAGGCCAGCACUCUGACAUAUCACAUGAGGAUCCACACAGGAGAGAAACCUUACCAAUGUGACGAUUGUGGGAUGGCCUUCUCCGUCUCUUCCUCUCUCAUCACACACAAACGCAAACACACAGGUGAAGCUCCACACGAGUGUCUGGUGUGUCAGAAGGCCUUCAUUACCAAACGAGAACUCAACAAACACUCCCAUAUCCACAACGGUGGAGACCCAGCUGUUAAGCAGCGUGUGACAUGUGAGCUGUGCGGAAACACCUACGCUGGCCUGAGCAGCCUGAAGAAACACCAAGAGAGACAACAUUUAGUUCCAAUGGCGGUUCCAGAAUGGGCUCUCCUCCACAACAUUCCUAUCGACCACCAGGGGCUAAUCUCCCGCGAUGCGCCCAGCGCCAUGCACGAGGAGCCAGACAACCCUGACCUCGAGGAGCCAGACAACCAUGACCCCGAGGAGCCAGGCAACCCUGACCCCGAGGAGCCAGGCAACCAUGACCCCGAGGAACCAGACAACCCUGACCUCGAGGAGCCAGACAACCAUGACCCCGAGGAGCCAGACAACCCUGACCUCGAGGAGCCAGACAACCCUGACCUCGAGGAGCCAGACAACCCUGACCUCGAGGAGCCAGACAACCCUGACCUCGAGGAGCCAGACAACCCUGAGCUCGAGGAGCCAGACAACCAUGAACCCGAGGAGCCAGACAACCCUGACCUCGAGGAGCCAGACAACCCUGACCUCGAGGAGCCAGACAACCCUGAACCAACAUCCCCUAACUUGAGCCCAAACCCUCUCAGUGUUCUAGUGGAACAGCUGCGUACAUCUUCCUCCAACUUCUCUUCCCCACUCUCCCACUGUGAUCCAGCCUACCCUGUCGAAGACAUGGAGCAGAUCAUCAUCAUUAGAACUUUGGACAAUGACCCCUGCCCUGACCCCUGACUCAACCACCUCUGACCCCCUCACCCAGAUCCUAACAUUACUCUCUCAGGCUUGGAGUGGAUCCACCCUUUUUGAAUGGAUCAACGGGACCUACAGGAUCCAAUAUGAAUCAGCUGUAGUGUCAGAUAUAGAAUUGUGAAUAGUGUGGAUGUUGACAAAUCAUAUAUGUAAUUACAUUUACAUUUUAGUAAUGUAGCAGAUGCUCUUAUCCAGAGUGACUUACAGUAGUGAGUGCAUACAUUUUUGUAAUUCACUCCAUCUUUUCAUGAAAUGAACUCAUUCAGAUCUAAACAUUUAUUUUAUUGUAUGUGUUAAAAGUUUAUUACGAGAGGUAAUCACUGAGGACCUACCCACAGAACAGCCAGGUUCACCAUCUCCUGACUUUGCACUUCUCUACACAUCCUGAAUCGUCCUCUGUUUAAUGUUCUGGUUUUAAUCCCACGUCUCAGUAACAUGGGGCUUAAUGUCUUAUGGAAUCUAGAGGUAGUAUUGAGAUGGAUGGAUAUUUAUGAAAAGUUAAGGUUUUUAAUUCUUUAUUGGGAGGAAUACAUCUGUGUGCUUUCUCAUCCUUUCCACAAAAGUACAUUAUCAUUAUACAGUGCCUUCAGAAAGUAUUCACACACCUUGAUUUUUCCCCCAAAAAAUGGUGUUACAAAGUGGGAUUAAAAUGGAUUUAAUUGUAAUUUUGUGUCAAUGAUCUACACAACAUACUCUGUAAUGUCAAAUUGGAAGAAACAUUCUAAGAUGAGUAAAAAAAUAUGUGAAAAAUACAACACUUACAGUUGAAGUCAGAAGUUUACAUACACUUAGGUUGGAGUCAUUUUUCAACCACUCCACACAUUUCUUGUUAACAAACUAUAGUUUUGGCAAGUCGGUUAGGACAUCUACUUUGUGCAUGACACAAGUCAUUUUUCCAACAAUUGUUUACAGACAUUAUAAUUCACUGCAUCACUUAUAAUUUACUGCAUCACAAUUCCACUGGGUCAGAAGUUUACAUACACGAAGUUGACUGUGCCUUUAAACAGCUUGGAAAAUUCCAGAAAAUUAUGUUAUGGUUUUUGAUAGGCUAAUUUACAUAAUUGGAGUCAAUUGGAGGUGUACCUGGGGAUGUAUUUCAAUGCCUACCUUCAAACUCAGUGCCUCUUUGCUUGACAUCAUGGAAAAAAUCUAAAGAAAUCAGCCAAGACCUCAUAAAAACAUUUGUAGACCUCUACAAGUCUGGUUCAUCCUUGGGAACAAUUUCCAAACGCCUGAAGGUACCACGUUCAUCUGUACAAACAAUAGUAUAAACACCAUGGGACCACACAGCCGUCAUACCGCUCAGGAAGGAGAUGCGUUCUGUCUCCUAGAGAUGAACGUACUUUGGUGCGAAAAGUGCAAGUCAAUCCCAGAACAACAGCAAAGGACCCUGUGAAGAUGCUGGAGGAAACGGGUACAAAAGUAUCUAUAUCCACAGUAAAACGAGUCCUAUAUUGACAUAACCUGAAAGGCCGCUCAGCAAGGAAGAAGCCACUGCUCCAAAACUUCCAUAAAAAAGCCAGACUAUAGUUUGCAACUGCACAUGGGGACAAAGAUUGUACUUUUUGGAGAAAUGUCCUCUGGUCUGAUGAAACAAAAAUAGAACUGUUUGGCCAUAAUGGCCAUCGUUAUGUUUGGAGGAAAAAGGGGGAGGCUUGCAAGCCGAAGAACACCAUCCCAACCGUGAAGCACAGGGGUGGCAGCAUCAUGUUGUGGGGGUGCUUUGCUCCAGGACGAACUGGUGCACUUCACAAAAUAGAUGUCAUCACGAGGAAAGGAAAAUUAUGUGGAUAUAUUGAAGCAACAUCUCAAGACAUCAGUCAGGAAGUUAAAGCUUGGUCGCAAAUGAGUCUUCCAAAUGGACAAUGACCCCAAGCAUACUUCCAAAGUUGUGGCAAAAUGGCUUAAGGACAACAAAGUCAAGGUAUUGGACUGGCCAUCACAAAGCCCGGACCUCAAUCAUAUAGCAUUUGUGGGCAGAACAGAAAAAGCAUGUGCGAGCAAGGAGGCCUACAAACCUGACUCAGUUACACCAGCUCUUGUCAGGAGGAAUGAGCCAAAAUUCACCCAACUUAUUGUGGGAAGCUUGUGGAAGGCUACCCAAAUGUUUGACCCAAGUUAAACAAUUGAAAGGCAAUGCUACCAAAUACUAAUUGGGUGUAUGUAAACUUCUGACCCACUGGGAAUGUGAUGAAAGAAAUAUAAGCUGAAAUAAAUCAUUCUCUCUACUAUUAUUCUGACAUUUCACAUUCUUAAAAUAAAGUGGUGAUCCUAACUGACCUAAGACAGGGAAUUGUUACUGAUUAAAUGUCAGGAAUUGUAAAAAAAAAAAACGGAGUUUAAAUGUAUUUGGCUAAGGUGUAUGUAAACUUCCGACUUCAACUGUAUAUAACUUGAUUAGAUAAGUAUUACAACCCCUGAGUCAAUACAUGUUAGAAUCCCCUUUAGCAAUGAUUACAGCUGUGAAUCUUUCUGGGUAAGUCUCUAAGAGCUUUGCACACUUGAAUUGUACAAUAUUUGCACAUUAUUAUUUUCUAAAUUCUUCAAGCUCUGACAAGUUGGUUGUUGAUCAUUGCUAGCAAUGUCAUAGACUUACAAGCCGAUUUAAGUGAAAACUGUAACUAGGCCACUCAGGAACAUUCAAUGUCGUCUCGGUAAGCAACUCCAGUGUAAACUCAGCAAAUUCGUAAAAAUCCAAAUAACUUCACAGAUCUUCAUUGUAAAGGGUUUAAUAAACUCUGUUUCCCAUGCUUGUACAAUGAACCAUAAACAAUUAAUGAACAUUGACCUGUGGAACGGUCGUUAAGACACUAACAGCUUACAGACGGUAGGCAAUUAAGGUCACAGUUAUGAAAACUUAGGACACUAAAGAGGCCUUUCUACUGACUCUGAAAAACUCAAAAAGAAAGAUGCUCGGGGUCCCUGCGCAUCUGCGUGAACGUGCCCUAGGCAUGCUGAGGACUGCAAAUGUGGCCAGGGCAAUAAAUUGCAAUGUCGGUACUGUGAGAGGGCUAAGACAGUGAUACAGGGAGACAGGACGGACAGCUGAUCGUCCUUGCAGUGGCAGACCACGUGUAACAACACCUGCACAGGAUCGGUACAUCCGAACAUCACACCUGCGGGACAGGUACAGGAUGGCAACAACAACUGCCCGAGUUACACCAGGAACGCACAAUCCCUCCAUCAGUGCACAGACUGUCCGCAAUAGGCUGAGAGAGGCUGGACUGAGGACUUGUAGGCCUAUUGUAAGGCAGGUCCUCACCAGACAUCACCGGCAACAACGUCGCCUAUGGGCACAAACCCACUGCCGCUGGACCAGACAGGACUGGCAAAAAGUGCUCUUCUCUGACGAGUCGCGGUUUUGUCUCACCAGGGGUGAUGGUCGGAUUCACGUUUAUCGUCGAAUAUAUGAGCGUUACACCGAGGCCUGUACUCUGGAGCGGGAUCGAUUUGGAGGUGGAGGGUCUGUUAUGGUCGGAGGCGGUGUGUCACAGCAUCAUCGGACUGAGCUUGUUGUCAUUGCAGGCAAUCUCAACGCUGUGCGUUACAGGGAAGACAUCCUCCUCCCUCGUGGUACCCUUCCUGCAGGCUCAACCUGACAUGACCCUCCAGUAUGACAAUGCCACCAGCCAUACUGCUUGUUCUUUGCGUGAUUUCCUGCAAGACAGGAAUGUCAGUGUUCUGCCAUGGCCAGCGAAGAGCCCGGAUCUCAAUCCCAUUGAGCACGUCUGGGACCUGUUGGAUCUGAGGGUUAGGGCCAUUCCCCCAAGAAAUGUCCGGGAACUUGCAGGUGCCUUGGUGGAAGAGUGGGGUAACAUCUCACAGCAAGAACUGGCAAAUCUGGUGCUGUUCAUGAGGAGGAGAUGCACUGCAGUACUUAAUGCAGCUGGUGGUCACACCAGAUACUGACUGUUACUUUUGAUUUUGCCCCCCUUUGUUCAGGGACACAUUAUUCCAUUUCUGUUAGUCACAUGUCUGUGGAACUUGUUUAGGUUAUGUCUCAGUUGUUGAAUCUUGUUAUGUUCAUACAAAUAUUUACACAUUUAGUCUUCUGAAAAUAAACGCAGUUGACAGUGA